CUUUCUAUUUAUACUGACCAAUGAAGUAAUGGAAGUUCCCCAACUUGUGUUUGUUGUUUUUGUUACUUUUUUAAGGUUGUUAAAUGUAUAUUUAGAGUGUGUGUGGGUGUGAUACUGUGCAACCUUUUUUGCCUUCUGAUAUUAAACACUUAUAUAAACCAGUGGAACAGAGUUGGAGAGAAUAACCCUGGUGUUUAUUAUGUAGGAAGGAGACCGCAUUUGUGAUGAAUUAUAUAUGAUGUAACAUUAUAAAUCUGACCUUUAAACAACAGAAAGCAAUGAAAAUAUUUAAGGAGAGAAAUUCAGCUGAGAAACGUCCCACUGGCGCCCUGCGGUUUUGUUGAGCUAUUUACGUCGUGCACAGGGAUAAUAAAGUGGUUUCCUCUGGACUCGCAGAACAGUUUUUGGUGAAAUCUCUACACAAGAUGGACAAUCAAAGAUGCUCAGAGAGGGAGAAUUUCAAUCCCAAUCCUGUUUAUGGUUUGAAUGAAGAACAGCUAGAUAUCCUGGGACAGCGCAGGUGGAAGGUGCAUCGAACAAUUUGGGCAAAGCUGAAGGAGGAGUGCUGGUGUUCAGGUGCAAGGCUGAAGAGCUGCUUCCUGUCUAUUGCACCUCUCUUAUCAUGGCUGCCACAGUACUCCCUCAGGAAAAAUGCUAUUGGAGAUUUGAUAUCAGGAAUCAGUGUGGGGAUCAUGCAUCUCCCACAAGGGAUGGCUAAUGCUUUGUUGGUUGCAGUUCCUCCAGUGUUUGGUCUGUAUUCAUCUUUCUACCCUGUUCUCAUCUACUUCAUUUUUGGAACAUCCAGACACAUCUCUGUUGGUACUUUUUCUGUCCUUUCCAUCAUGGUCGGUGCGGUGGCUGGUGAUGUUGUGUCGGCCGGCAGUGGAGCAGAGAGUGAUGAGAUUGAGGCUGAAAGUGCUAGAGUUGCUUUUGCAGCUCAGUUGACCAUUCUGUGUGGACUGAUACAGAUUGUGCUGUACGUGCUGCGUUGUGGAGGGGUGUGUCGGUGGUUGUCUCAGCCGUUGGUCAGUGGAUACACUACGGCAGCUGCGGUCCAUGUGACUGUUCACCAGCUGCCUUUACUGAUGGGCAUCUCCAUAGUCAGACACAGAGGCAUCUUUGCUGUGUUCUGGAUGUUUUCAAACAUUGUGACUGGAAUCAGGAGAGUGCUACUGGCGACACUAGUAGUGUCCCUUGUCUCCCUGGUGAUACUUGUUGGUGGAAAGAUGGUGAAUUCACGUUGGAGCUCUCGAUUUCCCAUUCCAUGGGAGUUGGUACUGGUUAUCUUUGCCACUGUGUCGUCAGUGCUGUUUGAUCUGUCCGGUCAGUAUGGAAUACAGAUUGUUGGACCCAUACCAACCGGUCUCUCACCUCCCUCCCUUCCAUCGUUUUCUGUCUCUCAGGAGCUGUUAUUGACAGCUCUUGCGUUGGCAGUGGUGGGCUAUGGUUUCCAAGCUUCACUGGGCAUUAUGUUUGCUCAUAAACAUGGCUACCCCUUUCACAGCAACCAGGAGCUGUUGGCUAUGGGUCUGUGUAACUCCAUAGGUGGGAUGUUCCAGUGCUUUCCAGUAAGUGGAUCCAUGUCUCGCAGCACAGUACAGGAGAGUACAGGCGGACAAACUCAGGUUUCUUCUCUGGUGUCUGCUCUGAUAAUUCUUUUAAUUUUGUUAAAGUUUGGCCCCCUUUUUCAGCAGUUACCAAAGACAGUUUUGGCUGUCAUUAUUUUAGUGAAUCUGCACGGGGUUUUUGCACAAGUCAGAGAUGUGCCUAAACUUUGGAAUACAGACCGCUUGGACCUGGUAGUGUGGGUAGUGACGCUGUUCAGUGCCUUGGUGUUUAAUCUAGACCUGGGGCUUGGCAUUGCAAUUGUUUUCUCUCUGUUUACCAUCGUCUUCAGGACACAGAAGCCCAGAUUUGCUGUUCUUGGACGUAUUGCUGGCACAGACUGUUACAGGGAUCUGGAGAAAUACUCAGAGGCACACCAGAUUCCUGGAGUGACUGUGUUUUCCUGUUUUAAUCCACUUUACUAUGCCAAUGCAGACCAGACCUUCACAUCACUCAAACAGACCAUUACCAAAGACAUUAAUGAGAAUCCUGAAGUAAGACCUCCAGACCAGCAGGGGGCUCAGAGUGCACAGCAUUGCGUUGUUUUGGAGCUCAGUGGAGUCACCUUCAUGGACUCAGUGGCCAUAGGCUCAUUCAAAUCAGUGCUUCAGGAUUUUAAGAACACGCAGACCUUGUUUUUCUGUGCUUCAUGUCCAGAUGGUCUACUGUCUCAGAUGAAGAAUCAUGGUUUUGUUCCAGAUUUUCUGUCUCUUUCUUCAUUUUUUCCUUCAGUUCAUCAUGCAGUCCUGCACUACCAGGGGCUACAGAACACAGACACAGAUGUUACAGAGCUAUGACCUUUAAUGACCUCCCUUCCUGAACGAUGAACUCAGCAAAUACAUGAACCUGCUAAACUCAAAGAAUCCCUAACUACUGAGCUUUAGAAGGGACACUUCUAGAAAGAUUGGAAAAGGAAUACAAGAAGAUUUAAGGUGAUGUGUGGCAACAGAUGCUUGUCUAUCGGCUAUUGAAUGUUAAAUUAAAAACUGUAGUCAGAAUUUUCUUAUGCCAAUGACUUGUGUCAGCUUUUACCUCUGUAUUUUUCUUUUUUAUUUACUUGGUUGUUGAAUUGUUCUGCUUUGCAUUAUUCUACGUUUAGAUUAGAUGGAUGUUUGAAAUAGUAAAAAAAAAUGCUCAAAUAUAAAGUAUCUUCAAAACAUUGUAAUGCAGGCCUGUGCAUAUGAAAUCUCCUAGAUUCUUAACAUAUAAUUCAUGUUACAGACCAAUUUAGUUUGGUGAUAUUGUAAAAUAAAAUAUGUACAAAUAACAACAUAGAAACAUGUAUGGAAAAUAAUUGUUAACACUUUUUAGAGAAUUUAACAGAAUCACAAUAAUAUCUGCACCAACACAGUACAAUUUGGUAAGUAUACAUGAAGUCCAAACGUGCAUAGCUGAACUGUUCUUGCAUCCCCAGUGAACUGAACCAUAAAUGUUAUUAGGAGAGACUUUGUUCUCUGGGCAGGUGUUGGGGAGAGGCCACAUUAAUAUUUAAUAAGCUCAUUUCUCGCACGUUUACUGAAGACAUAUUUACUAUAAGCUUCUAUUUUAUAAAGCUAAACAUAAUGACAGACUAACCCUAACUCUACAGAAACAGAAGCAUUCUGGGUAUUUUUGGGAAAAUAAAAUUGUUUUCCAAUUGAGGACAUCCCAAAUUUCAUUCCAAAGGAAUGUUCUGUCAGUAUUAUUUACUAUGCUAAAAAAUAAAAAUAAAAAAACCAUAAUUGCAUUUUCAUACACAAGUCUCCGUAUUCUCAGAUGAAGAUGUCUCUCCUUUACUGGAUCAAAACAAACGCCUCUUAUAGCAGAGAUGUGAUUUCAAAGAUCAACAGCACAUGGUUUUGCAGAAUGAACAUGUUUUCU